GCGCGCGCCAGUGUUCGUGUGUGCGUGCAAAAACAUCAUCGUACCGAUCCUCUUUCUCUCUCUCUCUUUGUUACAAGAGAGUAGGCUUGUGUGUGUUCGUGUCCGUACACAAUAUACGUGUGUACACACGGUAGCCGUACCACAAAUUCGACGUAUAUACACGUACAUACGUGGGACAAAAAGAGAGAAACACGCCGGGUAACGUCGUCGGCGGGUACAGUGCACGAAACCGUGAAAGAGAAGGAGACAACAGGGGCGAGAAAGAGGCAUCGAAGGAGCAGAGGGUGGAGGAGGAGGAGCGGUGGAUCGGAGGGGGAGGAGAUACGGAGUGUUGGAUUUGUUUUCUCGCACAACGGUGGAGCAAAACGGCCUCAAACUGUGGGGCUCUGGGGCGUUUUUUCUUCCUCCGCAAGGGAUGUACUACCCUCACAUGGUGCAGACAGGCAUGGCUGCGCCCUACGGUGGGGGUGUCUUCCCCCCGCCGGUGAACGGCGUAGCGGGUGUCGUUGGGGCGGCCGGUGCGGCUGGUGAGGUGAAACCGCCGCCACCGGUGCCUGUCAAAGAGGACAACACCGGGGCACCCCAGCAGCCGCCGCCCAGUGGGCCUCAGGUACCACCACCAGCAGGCGCUCCACAUCCAACGGCCCCUGGUGCACCAACAGCUGCCAGUUUCAGUCCGCCCCCACCUCCGAACGGCGUGGAUCAACAGGCUAUCUCGGAGGUGUUUCAGGCAGCAGUGGCGGCCGCAGCGGCUGCAGCUGCGGGUGGCGGUGGCCAACAGCCGGCUCCAACGCCCGCUGGGAACGAGACCAGCCCCGAGGGCGCAGUCGAGGGCAGCACCCUGGUACCUGUCACCUCAGGUGCGACGACACCGGCGACCGCGACACAGGGCACCGACCUGAAGGGUCAACCGAAACGCCUUCACGUCAGCAAUAUACCUUUCCGCUUCCGAGACCCUGAUCUCAGGGCGAUGUUUGGGCAAUUCGGGCCAAUCCUCGACGUGGAAAUCAUAUUUAACGAAAGGGGAAGCAAGGGAUUCGGUUUUGUAACAUUCGCAAAUAGUGCUGACGCGGACCGGGCACGUGAGAGGCUACACGGCACCGUGGUUGAGGGCAGAAAGAUUGAGGUGAACAACGCGACGGCGAGGGUGCAGACGAAAAAGCCACCGACGGUACCGAACGUUUGCGUACAAUGGCCAGAGGCCGCGGCGCUGAGAGGAGUCGCCAUCCAGAGGGGCCGAGUGAGCGCCGCUAGGGCGGCCUUCCCGACCAGCGCGGCCGCCCUUGCCCUCGCGAGGAAUCCGAAUCCGCUCGCAGCUGCAGCCGCGGCCACGGCCCUGCAUCCCUUCGCACCUGCUGUUUAUUACGACCCGUUCCUAGCAGCGCACGCAGCGACACAGGAUCCCAACUACAGGCUGCAGGCAGCGGCAGCAGCGGCCGCAGCAUCACCGUUGCUGAAGACGCCACUCUCGACCGCCCAGCAGGCCACCUACGCAGCUGCAGCGACCUACACGGCAGUGGCUGCGCGCGCAUACGGCGCAGCUGCAGCUGCGGCACAACCGGUCGCAGGAUAUGCCGCAGUCGCGGGUUAUGGACGUGAAUACGCCGAUCCCUACCUUGGACACGGUAUUGGACCAGUAGCCGGAUAUGGGGCGACAGUCUACAGGGGCGGGUACAACAGGUUCACGCCGUACUAAUGAUCGAGACGAUAGAGAAGCGUGAGCCUUCCAAAUACACCGUUAUACUCAGCAGAACAUGACCAGAAGUCGACACAAUCAUCAUUCGUCAUUCGCCACCGAUCACGAUCACCCCACCCACUCCACCCACAUACACACACACAUACACACACACACUAAGCGAUGCCUUGGAUCCUCAGUGCACGCUGGAUCAAGCUGGCCUCAUUUUUUUCACAACCACCCCAGCCACAAUAUGGUGAACAUUGUCCAGACUCGACCCACGA